UUCUGUUUGAUGGGUGUGUAACUUAACUAACUUCUUCCUAUUUGUUCAACAGCGUUAUCUAACGUUAGUUGCCUCGGCUCGCACAAGCCAAAGGUAAAACUCUUACUGGAAGAGCUUGAGACUUUCAUUAUAAUGGGUCGCUGAUCGAGAACGCGCAGGAAUUUAAAAGCGAAAGCGAUAAGCCGGGCUGCGGUUACGUGCACAUACACACACAUCAUGGAUAACGGGGGAUUCAGAGCCAUGCUGUUAUCAAUAUCAAAUCAACUCGACGGUGAGACUUUAGACAACUUAAAGUUUCUGUGCAAAGAAUACAUUGGGAAGAAAAAACUCGAAAAGAUCAACAAGGGAAUUGAGCUGUUCGAGUGCCUGAUCGACAGAGCUGAGAUCGGACCUGAUGACACGGAGCUGUUGCGUUCACUUCUGGACAGAGUCGGUCAAACAGCAUUGAUUCAAAUUAUUGACGAUUAUGAGAGGGGAUCGACUGCUAACGCUUAUGGACUGGACGCACGCGAGCGAGAAAAAAUCGAUUCAGCAACUGAAGUGAUCAUGAAGCAAGUGGGGAGAAAUUGGAAGAAAGUUGGAAGAAAACUUGGACUGAAUGACACCAAACUGGACAGCAUAGAGGACAAACACAGUCGUGAUCUAGAGGAGCAGGCGAUAGGUCUCAUUCGAGAGUGGAUGAAGAUCCAGAGAGAAAACGCUCGAGUUGAGAUCCUCAUUAAAGCUCUGCGUGACUGCGGACACAACUAUACAGCCGAUCUCGUGGAGAAAAAACUACAAGAUGAAGGACUUUAAAAGCCUCUACAAUACAUUUAUUUUCAUUAAAUAUCAGUUUUUUGGAAGUUGGAUUAUUAAUGGACAGCUUUGGGAUUAUAAUGUGAAUUUCUCUAUAAAGCGCAAAUGAGCUGAAUUACAUGUUUACAAAAUUUCCUGAAUGAAUCGUGUACAGCAAUGGUGAAUAUUUCUAAAGGGAUAGUUCACAUUUUUCUCAUCCUUUUCUAAUUUUAAACGUGUAUGAUUUUUUUUCUGAUGAACACAAAAGAAGAUAUUUUGAGAAAUGAUGGUAAGCACACAGCUGAUUUACUUCCAUAGUAGGAAAAACAAAAACGAUGGAAUUCAAUGGGUACCAACAACUGUGUGCUUACCAUCAUUUAUCAAAAUAUCUUCUUUUGUGCCCAAAAUAAAAAAUUCACAACAAGAGGGCGAGUAAAUGAUGACAGCAUUUUCAUUUUUGGGUGAACUAUCCCUUUAAAAAUACAAAAUUUUUAGUUUAUAUUUGUGAUGACACCGCAGAGGAUGAAAUAUAUUGAGAAGUGUCUUAAUAGCAACACUGGACUCAUAAGUUUCACUGUUUUUCAGAGACUCUUCUUUCGAUCUCAUUUAUUGUGAUUUUUGAGUGAACAGUCGAGGGAUUUUAAGAAUUUUAUGCUACAUUUACAAAAAAAUAAAGGGAAUUUGGUUCAUAA